AUGGCCUUUCACCCAAUUCAAUUCCUAUACUCCAUCCUUCAAUGGUUCCUCGAUCAGCUCCUCUCGCCAACUCCUCCCCCACCUCAUGCCCACCUCAGCAGACCGAGAAUUGCGGUUAUAGGUGCAGGCUUAACAGGUGUUUCCUCAGCUUCUCACUGUGUUGGUCAUGGAUUCGAUGUUACCAUCUUCGAGGCUGGAGAUGAGAAGAGCUUGGGUGGUAUCUGGAGCCAAGUCAACAAUACCUCCGGCCUUCAGAUCCACAGUAUAAUGUACCGCUUCCAUCCCUCAGUCAGAUGGACUGCUGGCUAUCCAGACCGUCAACAAAUUGUCUCCCAGAUCACCGAACUCUGGAAACGCUACGGUCUACGAGAACGCACCAAGUUCAAUACCCGUGUCACCUCAGUCACCCAAGACCAACAAGGUCUUUGGAUCGUCAAUGAUCCUUCAAAUGGCCGCUUCGACGGGGUAAUGGCUGCUGUGGGAAGUUGUGGUGAUCCUAAAAUGCCUCAUAUGCCCGGUCAAGAAAAAUUCAAGGGCGAAGUAUACCACUCUUCGAGGCUUGAUGGAAAAACAGCACAAGGCAAGAAGGUCCUUAUAAUCGGAGGCGGGGCAUCUGCCGUCGAAGCUCUCGAAUUCGUCGUUCACACAGGAGCCAAAUCGACCUCCGUCCUCGCGCGCUCAGAAAAAUGGAUCAUUCCUCGCAAUGCUCUCGUCGACACACUCCUAGCCUUCAACAUAUUUGGUCAGGAAACGAUAUUCUCUUGGAUUCCCGAGUCCCUCCUUCGCAUCUUCUUCUACCGAGAUCUAGACGACCUUGCGCCCCCGUCCGAAGGUCUCUUCACGGAAACUCCCAUGGUCAAUUCGGACAUCUUCCACCAGAUCCGUGCAGGCAAGGCUGAAUGGCUUCGUGGUGACAUUCUUGGUUUCACUGAGAACGGCAUUCGCUUCAAUCACCGCUCGAAAGGAGUCCCUAAGGGCGGGCCUGGUCGAGAAAGCGUCGUAGAGGGGGACAUGGUUAUUAUGGCGACUGGCUUCGCACGACCUAGCUUGGCUUUCUUGCCGGAUGAAGUGUUCAAAGAGCCUUACGCACCGCCGAACUGGUAUCUUCAAGUCUUUCCACCCGAACAUAUGUCUAUCUGUGCCAACAACUGCACGUAUGUCAAUGCCAUUGGCACUGUGGGCAAUUACCACAUUGGAAUCUAUACACGUUUGCUCCUCAUGUUUCUCGUCGAUCCGCUUGCCAGGCCACAAGAGAGAUGGAUGAAAGCAUGGAUCGACAUGACUAAGGCGAUCAAGCGCCGUGCGCCAACCGGAGCUCUUGACUUCUUUACUUACUCUGAGUUGAUGUACUGGUUCGUGUUCUGCAUUGUGAUCAACCCUUUUCGGUGGAAGUGGGCCCCCUUUGUGCUUUCGGGUAUUGGGAGCGCGUUGCCAUUGAGGGUUGUGAGGAGAGAGGACUCGAUUCGGAACGGACUAGGUUUGAAGAGGCAUCGUCAUGAAUAG